GUUUCCCGUAACAACCCUACCAAGCCCAAACUCUUUCUUUGCGCUUCUUUUCUAAACCCUAACUCUAACUUCUUCCUCUGAGCCUCUGAGGGCUGCAUCGUACCCCACAUUGACUCCAUAGACAGCCAACCCCUGCGAAUCCGCGACUCUCCAUCGCCAUGGCUCCCAAGAAGGAUAAGGCUCCCCCACCGUCCUCAAAGCCUGCCAAGUCCGGAGGAGGCAAGCAGAAGAAGAAAAAGUGGAGCAAGGGAAAGCAAAAGGAGAAGGUGAACAACAUGGUUUUGUUUGAUCAGGGCACCUACGACAAGCUGCUUUCCGAAGUUCCGAAGUACAAGCUGAUUACUCCUUCCAUCUUGUCUGACAGACUGAGGUUUAUGGUAAACAAAUUAACGAAAAGGUAUCGUGGGUAUCAAUGAAGUGAUUGAAAUGAUGCAUGAUCUUUACAGGUUCA